AUGGCAGUUGGCUAUCGGACCGACAUAGUAGCUACCACGCAGAGGAGCAAUACAAAGGGCACGUGGGCCCGUGAGAUGGAGGUGGACAGCGACAGCGAGGAGACGGUGAUUGCCAGCAAAGAAGGUUAUCGGAUCGGCUCUGGCAAAUACUCGCGCGAUGCGACACCACCUCGUGAGCGACGGAGGCGAUUACUCCUAUCGACGGAUAGUGCCUUCGCCGAAACUGUGCUCCCUUCCCUCGUCCAAAACCCAUACCUCGAACUGCGCUUGAUCACCGACGAACCUUCCGCCCUGCUGGCAGGCACGAACAAAAUUCCGCACUAUAUGGACACCGUGGAUAGCACAACGUUCGAUAAGAAGACGGGGGCAAGGAACUGGUUGAAGGCGAAGACAGCCGAGCUCUGCGAGUGGGCCGACAUGCUGCUGGUUGCGCCCAUUGACGCGGGCGCUUUGGGAUCGAUGCUGGCGGGCUUGACCAACACUUUGACCUUGGCACUGCUGCGCGGCUGGGUUUCAGUCAAACCCGUCAUUUUGAUUCCUGGGAUGACCGUGUCCGAGUGGGAUCAUGCAUUGACUUCUCGGCAACUGGACGAAAUCAACCGGUUCUGGCCGUGCAUUCGCAUUGUGCAGCCUGUACUCUGGAAGUCGAAUGGGCCUGAAGAUUUGACACCGUUGCCCUGGGAUGGCCUCAAGGAUCUACACAAAUCACUGAAGACCGGUCUGGAUUUACCUUACUGGGACGAUUCUUCGACCCAAGGCUGUACAGAGGAUAGCGAUCAGAAUGCAGCAAAAUCUUUACAACGACCUCGUGCGUCCGAGAGAACCUCGAGCGGUGCCACCGCCGAGGCGCUCCGGCAUCUUCAAACGCAUUGGCCCAACGCGGAAACCAAAGUCUGUUCGCUGCCUUUCGAAAUCUGGUUGAACAUCUUUGAGGACCAGCUAGGAGACUGGGAAACUGCCAAAGCAGUGGGCCUUCCGACCAACCUUCCCGUACCCCAAGAGUGGCAGAGCCAUUUACUUAAAAUGUCCACACCAGCUUCUUUGGAAUACACGAUCUUGCGUGGUUCAUUUGCUGCUAUAAAGAAGCGCAUUGAUGCGCUGCCUCGAUGGAAACCACUAUCAGACCUUGCCUGUCACCUCAUUGUAAAGUUUUCUCGCACCGAUAUUCUCUCAUACCUCACUGAAAAUCACCUUGAUCUUCUUUGGACAACCUCCCGCCUCACAAAUAUCCCAUACCGUGCAUCUGCAAUAUACGGAAACCCUACAGUGUUGACGUGGUGGCGCGAUGCCCCGGCUCUACCCAACAAAGAGUACAAGGCCGAUGCCAUGGACGGCGCCUCUCGUGCCGGUUUCGUCCAUGUUCUGGACUGGUGGCUACACUCUGGUCUCCCGCUUCGAUACAGCGAGCGCGCACUUGAGUCCGCCAGUGCCGAGGGUCGUGUCGCUGUCCUGGAUUGGUGGAAAUUCGCAUCCGCCAAUGCACCUUUCCUCAGACCUCUUCCACUCAAAGUGGGCAAGUCUGUUCUGCUGGCAGCACAGUCGGGGCGCGCCUCGUCUUUGGCCUGGUGGGACGCCUCGGGUAUCCCGUACAGUCACGCCGAAAGCGUCGCCCGGAUUGCCAGCACACAUGGUCACGUUCACGUCCUCGACUUUUGGUAUAAGCUGAAAGGCCCCAAGAUGAUUUUCGACAAUCAAGUGCUCGUCGGCCCCACGAAGAAUGGUCAUGACCAUGUGCUACAGUGGUGGAAAGACUGUGGUCUACGUGUCGAGUUCAAAACCUGCGACAUCGAAGAAGCACUCGAAGACGCCGUCUCCGGAGCCGACGGCCGCGUGCGUGCCUGGUGGGAACGUAAUGGCCUGAAUCUUGGCGUCGGCACCCGUGAGUGGAUGAAGACAAAGGUUCUUUGA